AUCACCAGCGGCAUUUAGGACGGAGGAAUUUGUACCUGAAAAGCGACAACACUUCUCCAGCAAGCUGAACACUCCCAUACAAAUGGGCCAUGGGGACGAGGAGGGGUGCGCGUCCUUGUGAUAUGUCUCAUGACUGGAGGACGCUCACAUGUUGCUGUUGGCGACUUUUCCCACAGAGAUUGGAGCAGUCGAUGUUGUUUGUGACGGUUGACAGAUUGCGCAACGGUGGUGGGAUGCUGUGGCUUCUGCUCUGCCUACUUCCCGCCCCAGGGGGCUGCAACAGAGUCCAGCAAACGUACAAAGAAGCCGAAGAGCGUCAAGCUGAAGGUGAGGUUGCUGUGACAACCAGGCCUCACAUCUACUACUGCCGCUCUCCCAACAUGGAGGUGUUCACCUGCUGGUGGUAUCCGCUCACCAACCUGACGGAUGGCGAGGACAUCUCCUACGUGCUCACCUAUUCCAAAGACAAAGGGCCCAAACGCGAGUGUCCGGACUAUGUGAGCGCGGGUGCCCACAGCUGCCAUUUUGACAGUAGCCACACAUCCAUAUGGAACUAUUACUGCAUGAACGUCACUGCGGUGACGCCCCGCCAAAACUUCACCUCACAGGAGCACUGCCUGGACGUGGCUGAGAUUGUUCAAACCGAAGCUCCAGUUAACCUGAUGUACAAACUGAUGGACCCCGGCGGGGACGAGAUGGGUCAUGACGUGCUGCUCUCCUGGGCAUAUCCGGUGCCCUCCGACCUGAAGUAUGGUUGGAUUACACUGGUGUACGAGCUGCAGUACAGACGAGUUAGCGAGCCCGACAAGUGGAAGGUCAAGGAGUCGCUGCGAGAACCUCGGGUCAAACUUCUUGGCCUCCCCAAUAACGACUAUGUGGUUCGCGUCCGCUGCCGCUCACACAACUACGGCCUGUGGAGCAAAUGGAGCCAGCCGAUACUGAUGAGCAUUCCUGCCCAAGCCCCAGCAGCAGAUAUACUUCUGGUGCUGAUUCUCGUGACAAGUAUCAGCAUGGUGGCACUGCUGGCCAUUGCGGUGCGUGUCCUUCCACAAUGUGCGAGAGUAAAAGACUUCUUCCUGCCGCCGAUUCCAAAACCGCGCAUCAUCGGCAUUGACCCGCUGCUCCUGAAGAAGGGGAACCUUGAUGAAAUCAACCAUCACCUCUCCAACUUCCACAGCUACAUACCUCCCAGCUUCAUGGAAACAGAGGUGUGGGAGCAGGUGAGCCCUGACAGCAUCCACCUUGCUACGCCCAAUGAGUGCACACUUCCCAUCAAGUCGCCCAGCCAGGCGAUGGACGCCCUCAUUGUCCCAAAUGACUUGACCGCCACCACGACCCAUCAUCCACCCACCAGCCAGCUGCCAAUGUACCUGAAAAGCCCCUACUGCAUGACUCCUCCUCAAGCGUUAUCGCCACCACUGGCCGCGCCAUCUGAAAUGGUUUGUCCGACAGAGAGUGGGAUGAUGGGCCAGCCCACCGCAGCACCAGCCGCCAUCACUAAUGCUUACCCGCCGCAGGAUUUCUACAGCUGCGUGCAGCUCAUCGACAGUGAAGCGUUACAUCUGGUGCCGUGCCUGCCGCUGGCGUAUUGUCAGCUUCCGCCUCUCCCGAAGUUUGAUUUACAUGCCAGCGUAAAAGAAGAAGAGCAGGGCAAAAAGCUGGAUGAAGCCGGAAAAAAAGAUGGUAGCGAGUCCAAGGAGAGCGAGGCCACACCCCCUUCUGUUGACAAUACGAUCUGAGCGCAUGCAGGAUGAGCAGAAACAAAAGCAUCCAUCCAUCCAUCCAUUUUCUAUGCCGCUUAUCCUCAUUAGGGUCGCGGGCGUAUGCUGGAGCCUAUCCCAGCUGCCUUCAGGCGAGAGGCGGGGUACACCCUGGACUGGUCGCCAGCCAAUCGCAGGGCAUAUAUAGACAAACAACCAUUCACUAUCACGUUCAUACGUAUGGACAAUUUAGAAUCACAAGGGUAAAAAGUACACACACAAAAAGGGAAAAGUACAACCAAAAAAUACCGGGCUGCGCCGCGGGGAAAAAAAUGGACUCACAAAAAACACUUUAGAAGAACUAAGCAGGAAAAAGGUAAUGCACAAAACUAAAUAUCACUGCUGAGGCAACAAGCAGGUGAAAACACUAACAAGAACAAAAAUGCACUGCUGAGAACCAAGCAGCGUCGGUGAAUGACCUGCGGCUGUUUUUUUCAUCUGCGUUAAGCAGCUGCUUGCUACUUUUUGAUGUCCAGGCAGAAGCUGUAGUAAUUCUACAUUUCAUCAACUUUACCUCAAGAUUUGUCAGAUCAACCCACAUGGAUGACUUGUCUGCACCCUUAAUCACCAAGCGGUUCUAUCUCCUUACAUUUGUCACAGCGCCAACUUUCACGUACCGGCGAUCAGCGGUUCCGUUUCAUAACAUACAUCAUACAUAGAAGAGAUCCGUGUUGAUAAUUUAGCGACAUGGUUGCCAUAUUUAGCAAGUUAGGGUGCACAUUUAAGUGUUUGUUGCGUCUUUUUAUUAUUUAUUCGGUAAUUAAAUACAAGCCAUCAACAAAGAUGUUCACUAGCGACGGAAGCUAACAAACUAAAUGCUAAAUGCCUCAGACACGUAUUAAACACACUUUAAAGUAGAAAAUGUAUACGUACUCACCACAAAUGAAUAAUAAUAACGUCAAAUGAUUACAAUUUAUAAUCAGAUUAUUUUUCAAAUUAAUUAAUCAUGAUUAAUCACCAGUUGCAAAUAGGUCUGAGAUAUGCCCGUUUUUGCUGUAUUUUAUUGAAAGAAAGCUACCUGACAGGACGCGAUUACAUAUAUUUGUAUGUACAGUAUUAAUAGCUCCAUUUUAACUGAAAAUUAAAAUCAAGCUAAAAGAUAGUAUGCAUGUGUGAAAAUCUGGUUACCUAGCACAGGUUCCUUUAAUGGUAGCAGAACAUUCAAAUCACACUUUAACAGUGUUAUUAUGAGCCAUGAAGGGUUGUGUUGGAAGACACCACGUCAUUUCAUUUGAAUUCACAUGUUUUGAGUGUAUUUUCUGGGAUUUCCAAGCAUACUUAAAUGCAGCAUGUUGUACUUCCGCAGUGAGUUACAAAGUGAGUGAUAAGACGCCUAUUGUUUUUCUUUGAAUUUCUGUUUAUUUAGCCCACAGAUACACGCAUAAUAAAGACAUUGGGCCUCAUUCACGUAACGUUCUUACUCACAAAUCUGUUCUUAAAGCCUUCUUACGAAGAUUUUUGGCAUUCACGAAACGUGUUCUUAACUCACAGUUCUUAGAUCUAAGAACAAAUUCUACGAACGCUCAGGAGGACUCUUACGCACAAGCAAAGCUUGCACUUUCAAUGCGCAAUCGCCCUCAUGAUGGAUUUUGCAACUUGAUCCCAAAAAAUGUAGUGCAAAUAAAAUAUCCCAACAAUGAUUUAUCAUCAAAACAACUAAAAUAUACUCCAUGGAUAAAUAUAUAUUCAAAUCCCAAUUCAUCAAAAAAAAAAGUAGCUGGCUGGACGUGCGCUGCGCAGAGAGAGAAUGUAAAGGGACCAUUAGAUUUAUUUGCUGAAAGCGACGAAUAUUUGAUGUCCCUUCAGGCUUCCCUCUCCGUUCUUGCAGGUGUGCAGGAUCAUCAGAAUAACAUCGCAAUGAAACGUGGUGUGCCUAUUGCACACGGAGCACCCCCAGAUAACGACAUGCGCCCCCAGCCACGUCUUGAGCCAGAGCACGGGGCUGCUGUAUUAAUUAGGCAGCGUCUAAUCAAAUGUAACCACAGAAAAAAUUAAAUGUCACACACAAACUAUGUAUUUUGACUUUAUUUUUCCAUCGUGAUUGUGUAAAUAUUUUCGAGUUUCCGAAAUGGUUUAGUUUCUGAUUGAUGGCCCACCUCCCGUUUCCUCCAGAUCCCUCCGGUGCAGUCCAAUCUUUUUUUUAGUCUAUUUUAAGUCAAAACACUUCUUUUUAACCUCUGCGGUGGUGCGUUUCUCCGUGGAAACGGCAUUUAUGUUUCCUGCAAUGGUGCUCCAUGCCGACUCUUUUUGGAUGGCCUGAUGACCGGUGGAUACACGUGAAAAUAAGGUGGUCUUGUGUUCGCUCACUCUUUGUAAAAGCACCUCUAUUUCAGUAGAAUUGAAGUUUUUCUUUCGUUUGUUGUCCAGCUGCUCCUCAGUCUCCCCCUUGCGCGUUGCCAUCUCCGCCUCCAGCUGCCUGUUGCGCACGGCACAUUUUUUACCUUAUAUAGGAAAUAAUAGGCGGUGACCUAUGCCUCACAUGCACGUGCAUCCCCGUUGGCAUUCAUCAACCUAAGAACACCGGUGCGAACGAUUAUCCCUACUUAAGAACGUGUCGUGAAUGCACCUUCUUAAGUACACUUCUUAAGAAGACUUUUAAGAAGAUGUUCGUGAAUGAGGCCCAUUGUUGUGAUGUUCGGAGUGACCGUGAAUGCAUCGUGAAUGUGAAUGUCGUUCCGAUGACAAAGGGGCUAGAGACGUGUUUGUGUGUUGGAGAUACAUAUAUGGUGUUGGAAUUGCACUGCUGUUGAUGUGUUCAGGUCAGAAUAAAGUUCUAAAAGCGCAUGAGACUCUGUGUGACUGUGGGGACGCUACAAUGUGCCUCCUUUUGUCGUCAUAACAGAGAGGCGUGGCUUGCCAUCAUG